AUUGUGGGCGACUCGGCUAAUGGCGUCGGCGAGUCAGGGCUGCCCGGGGGGCCGGCGCUGAAGCGUUCUGCCAGGUUGGCCGGUGACGACCGGGGCAGCCGGGCCCCGCGGCAGCGGGAGGGACCUGCCCGACUGGUGGGCUCCUCGGCCAGCGCCGGCGGAGCCUAGCGGGGCGGGGCGGCUGCGGGGGGCGCCGCGGAGAGGAGCCGGGGAGUUGCGAGGAGGCUGCGGGGGGCGCUCGGGCUCGCUCCGGGUUCGCCGCCCAGGCCCGGCCGAGCCCCCGCGGAGCCCUAGGGGCGGGCUGCCGAAGGGCCGGGGCCGCCGGGAGGCAGCCAGUGGCCCCGAGGCGCUGACAGUGCCGGAGUCCGUUUGCGCCGCUCGGAAGUCGGCUCGCAGUUCGGGGGAUCAUGUCCGGCACCAACAGCCCCGAGGCGGUGAAGAAGCUGCUGGAGAACAUGCAGAGCGACCUGCGGGCCCUGUCCCUGGAAUGCAGGAAAAAGUUCCCGCCCGUCAAGGAGGCUGCUGAAUCAGGAAUAAUAAAAGUUAAAACAAUAGCUGCACGAAACACCGAAAUUUUGGCAGCAUUGAAAGAGAACAGCUCAGAGGUUGUUCAGCCUUUUCUCAUGGGUUGUGGCACCAAGGAACCGAAGAUCACUCAGCUGUGUUUGGCCGCCAUUCAGAGACUCAUGUCACAUGAAGUCGUAUCUGAGACUGCAGCUGGAAAUAUAAUUAACAUGCUUUGGCAGCUAAUGGAAAAUAGUCUAGAAGAACUUAAGUUGCUUCAAACGGUUCUUGUUCUUUUAACAACCAGUACAGUAGUUCAUGAUGAGGCACUCUCUAAGGCAAUUGUUCUUUGUUUUCGACUACACUUCACAAAAGAUAAUAUUACAAACAAUACAGCUGCUGCUACAGUGCGACAAGUUGUUACUGUUGUUUUUGAGAGGAUGGUUGCUGAAGAUGAACGACACAGAGAUAUUGUAGAACAACCAGUACUGGUCCAAGCAAACAGUAACAGAAGAUCUGUCAGCACUCUCAGACCUUGUGCUAAAGAUGCAUAUAUGCUUUUCCAGGACCUUUGUCAGUUGGUUAAUGCUGAUGCUCCUUACUGGCUAGUGGGUAUGACAGAAAUGACUCGAACAUUUGGCCUCGAGUUACUUGAGUCAGUCCUGAAUGAUUUUCCACAAGUCUUUUUACAACACCAGGAGUUUAGUUUCCUCCUCAAAGAAAGGGUAUGUCCUCUGGUGAUAAAGCUCUUUUCUCCAAAUAUAAAGUUCAGACAAGGUUCCAGUGCUUCAUCUUCUCCAGCACCUGUAGAAAAACCGUAUUUUCCUAUCUGCAUGCGUUUGCUGAGAGUAGUAUCGGUUCUGAUUAAGCAAUUUUACAGUCUUUUGGUAACCGAAUGUGAGAUCUUUCUAUCACUUCUGGUGAAAUUUCUGGAUGCAGAUAAACCUCAGUGGCUACGAGCUGUUGCUGUGGAAUCAAUACACAGACUUUGUGUGCAGCCUCAAUUAUUAAGGUCAUUUUGUCAGUCCUAUGACAUGAAACAGCAUUCCACCAAGGUUUUCCGUGAUAUUGUGAAUGCGCUGGGAUCUUUUAUCCAGUCGUUGUUUCUUGUCCCUCCUACAGGAAAUACUGCUGCUGCAAACCAAGCUGGAAACAAUAACGUGGGCGGCCCCAUCUCAGCACCGGCUAGCACAGGAAUGUUGGGGAUUGGCGGAGGUGUUACUUUGCUACCAGCGUUUGAAUAUAGAGGAACUUGGAUACCUAUUCUGACUAUAACAGUACAAGGCAGUGCUAAAGCCACGUACCUAGAGAUGUUGGACAAAGUUGAGCCCCCGACUAUACCAGAGGGUUAUGCCAUGUCUGUGGCAUUCCAUUGUUUGCUAGACCUCGUACGUGGAAUCACCAGUAUGAUUGAAGGAGAGUUAGGGGAGGUUGAAACAGAAUGUCAGACUACCACUGAAGCAGCUUCUUCACCAACACAGUCAUCAGAACAGCAAGAAUUGCAGUCAACAUCAGACCAGCUGGAUACGGAAAUAGUUAGUAGAGCUGUUUGGGAAGAAAUGGUGAACGCCUGCUGGUGUGGGCUGCUUGCUGCUCUCUCACUCCUCCUCGAUGCCAGUACAGAUGAAGCUGCCACUGAGAAUAUAUUAAAAGCUGAGCUGACUAUGGCUGCUCUCUGUGGACGACUGGGCCUUGUAACUUCAAGAGAUGCCUUCAUAACUGCGAUAUGCAAAGGUUCCCUGCCUCCCCAUUACGCUCUCACUGUAUUGAAUGCCACCACUGCGGCCACUCUUUCCAGCAAAUCAUAUUCCAUUCAGGGCCAAAGUGUUAUGAUGAUAAGCCCAUCAAGUGAAUCUCACCAGCAAGUUGUGGCAGUUGGUCAGCCGCUAGCAGUCCAGCCUCAAGGGACAGUAAUGCUAACUUCAAAAAAUAUCCAGUGUAUGAGGACUUUACUUAACUUGGCACACUGCCAUGGAGCUGUUCUUGGAACAUCAUGGCAACUUGUCUUGGCAACUCUACAGCAUCUUGUGUGGAUUCUGGGAUUAAAGCCUAGUAGUGGUGGUGCCUUGAAACCUGGGAGAGCUGUAGAAGGACCCAGUACAGUUCUAACAACAGCAGUGAUGACAGAUUUACCAGUGAUUUCCAAUAUACUUUCAAGACUGUUUGAAAGCUCACAGUAUCUUGAUGACGUAUCAUUGCAUCAUUUAAUAAAUGCGCUUUGCUCCUUAUCCCUAGAAGCAAUGGAUAUGGCCUAUGGAAAUAAUAAGGAACCAUCUCUUUUUGCUGUUGCCAAAUUGUUAGAAACUGGUCUAGUUAACAUGCACCGAAUAGAAAUUCUAUGGAGACCUCUAACUGGCCAUCUACUUGAGGUCUGCCAGCAUCCAAACUCUCGAAUGAGAGAAUGGGGAGCAGAAGCUUUAACUUCACUUAUUAAAGCAGGAUUAACAUUUAACCAUGAUCCUCCACUUUCACAAAACCAGAGGCUGCAGUUGCUUUUAUUGAACCCGUUAAAGGAGAUGUCCAGUAUUAAUCAUCCAGAUAUCCGACUCAAGCAAUUAGAAUGUGUGUUGCAGAUUCUGCAGAGUCAGGGAGACAGUCUUGGGCCUGGAUGGCCAUUAGUGCUUGGAGUCAUGGGAGCAAUCAGAAAUGAUCAAGGAGAAUCCUUGAUACGAACUGCAUUCCAGUGUCUUCAGUUGGUUGUGACAGAUUUUCUACCAACAAUGCCUUGCACUUGCCUGCAGAUAGUUGUAGAUGUUGCCGGCAGCUUUGGACUUCAUAACCAAGAACUUAAUAUUAGUUUAACUUCCAUAGGUUUAUUAUGGAAUAUUUCAGAUUAUUUUUUUCAAAGAGGAGAAAUUAUUGAAAAAGAAUUAAAUAAGGAAGAGGCAGCACAGCAAAAGCAGGCGGAAGAGAAAGGAGUGGUUUUAAAUCGGCCCUUCCACCCUGCACCACCGUUCGAUUGCUUGUGGCUCUGUCUUUAUGCAAAACUGGGUGAACUGUGUGUGGACCCCCGUCCUGCCGUGAGGAAGAGUGCGGGGCAGACUCUGUUUUCAACAAUUGGUGCACAUGGAACGUUAUUACAGCAUUCAACGUGGCACACUGUUAUUUGGAAGGUUCUCUUUCAUCUGCUGGAUCGAGUUCGAGAGUCUUCCACCACUGCAGACAAAGAAAAGAUUGAGUCUGGAGGUGGCAAUAUUCUCAUUCAUCAUUCAAGGGACACAGCAGAGAAGCAAUGGGCUGAGACAUGGGUUUUAACAUUGGCUGGAGUAGCAAGAAUCUUCAAUACUAGAAGAUAUUUACUCCAACCUUUAGGAGAUUUUUCAAGAGCAUGGGAUGUUCUUCUUGACCAUAUACAGUCAGCAGCGCUCAGCAAAAACAAUGAAGUAUCUCUGGCUGCGCUGAAAAGCUUCCAGGAAAUUCUACAGAUUGUGUCCCCUGUCAGAGACUCAGAUAAGCCUGAGACACCACCUGCGGUUAAUGUACCUGUGCCUGUCCUUAUAGGGUCCAUAUCAGGCCCUAGCCUGAGCAGGCCCUUCGUAAGAACAGACUCCAUUGGAGAAAGACUUGGAAGAUACAGUAGCUCUGAGCCACCCAUAGUUACCGAUGAGCUUGAAGAUUUGAAUCUCUGGUGGGCUGCAUGGAAUACCUGGUAUAGAAUCGGAUCUGAAAGCACUAAGCCUCCUAUUACUUUUGAUAAGCUAACUUUCAUUCCCAGCCAGCCUUUUCUUACAGCUUUAAUUCAGAUAUUUCCGGCUCUCUACCAACACAUAAAAACUGGUUUCAACAUGGAUGACUUACAAAAGUUGGGAGUCAUAUUGCACAGUGCUGUUUCAGUCCCAAUAAGUUCAGAUGCAUCCCCUUUCAUUCUACCAUCUUAUACUGAAGCAGUUUUGACAAGUUUACAGGAAGCUGUACUUACAGCUUUAGAUGUUCUCCAAAAGGCCAUCUGUAUAGGACCAGAAAAUAUGCAGAUAAUGUAUCCAGCUAUAUUUGACCAGCUACUGGCAUUUGUAGAAUUUUCCUGCAAACCUCCACAAUAUGGACAGCUGGAAACAAAGCACAUCGCAAAUGCAAAAUAUAAUCAGAUCCAACUAUUUGCACCGGCGGAAUGGGUAGCCUUGAAUUAUGUACCGUUUGCUGAAAGGUCUUUAGAAGUAGUUGUGGAUUUAUACCAGAAGACAGCCUGUCACAAAGCAGUGGUGAAUGAGAAAGUUCUCCAGAAUAUUAUUAAGACCCUUAGAGUUCCUCUUAGUUUGAAGUAUUCCUGCCCGUCUGAAAGCACAUGGAAACUAGCAGUAUCUUCUCUUCUCAAAGUUCUUUCUAUUGGGCUACCUGUUGCCCGGCAGCAUGCUUCUUCUGGAAAAUUUGACAGUAUGUGGCCAGAACUCGCCAGUACUUUUGAAGACUUUCUCUUUACUAAAAGCAUACCUCCGGAUAACCUCUCUAUUCAAGAAUUUCAAAGAAAUGAAAGUAUUGAUGUUGAGGUCGUUCAGCUAAUCAGCACUGAGAUACUACCUUAUGCCAAUUUUAUUCCUAAGGAAUUUGUUGGUCAGAUAAUGACUAUGCUUAAUAAGGGCUCGAUACAUUCUCAGUCGUCGUCAUUUACAGAAGCAGAGAUUGAUAUUCGUUUGAGAGAGGAAUUUUCUAAAAUGUGUUUUGAAACAUUACUCCAGUUUUCCUUCAGUAAUAAAGUCACCACCCCUCAAGAAGGGUACAUCUCACGAAUGGCACUCUCUGUGCUGUUGAAGAGGUCUCAAGAUGUCCUGCACCGCUACAUAGAGGAUGAAAGGUUAAGUGGCAAAUGCCCUCUUCCAAGGCAACAAGUAACUGAAAUCAUAUUUGUUUUAAAAGCGGUCAGUACUCUCAUUGAUUCGCUUAAGAAAACUCAGCCUGAGAAUGUUGAUGGAAAUACCUGGGCACAAGUAAUUGCCUUAUACCCAACUUUAGUAGAAUGCAUCACCUGCUCGUCUUCAGAAGUCUGCUCUGCACUUAAAGAGGCUCUAGUUCCUUUUAAGGAUUUCAUGCAACCACCAGCAUCCAAAGUGCAAAAUGGAGAAUCUUGACCAGCUACUAUAUAUUUGAAGAAGAAAUAUAUCUAAAGAAUGUUUGCUCUUCAGUGAGUCUUCUGUGAGAAGGACGUUUCUUACUACAAAUAAUUCUUGGCAGCUGUUGUUGACCUCCUUUAAAUUGUACUUACCUGAGUUCAGUAAUUCAUGUUACAAGCUUACACGUCAACAAGGCUCCUGAAUGAGUGGCAGCGCAAGCCUUUAACCAAUAAACUGAUGGGAGAGAGGGUUCAUACUACAACAUGACUGCUACCGUAUCUUCAAUUGUGAUUUAAAAGUGAGCUUAUGUACAGUUUGUGGUGUAUGUGUUAAUGAUGUACUUUUUAAAAAGAAAGAAAAGAUAUUUCAUUCAGUUAGAUUUAUUAGGCUGGUGUUUUUGCGCCGUUUUUCAAGUACAAAAUUGUACUAAAAUUUUAUGCAAGAUGGUACUGUAACAUUCCAUAUUAUCUAUAACCAGCCUUUGUAAACAAAGGGAACUGAUAUACUUGUGUGUAUAAUAAAUGGUACAGUUCUGUAUAAAAUAGUUGCAUUUAUUAUUUAAAUUUUUAAAAUAUUGAUAAUGUUAAAUGCUUGAAGCUGUAUUUAUUAUUAAUACAAAAUUGUUUGCUUACAUUUUUACUUAUAAUUUACCUACUUCAGAGGCAUAUAUGCUCACCAUAUGCUCAUGCAGUUAGCUUAAUGCUUAUUUUAAAUGUACUUACUAGUGACUAUUAAAGAUCCCACCAGAAAGGUCGUCUGAACACAGCAGCAAAUCGUUUAUGAUGUGCUGACUUUGCUCCUUUGCGGUAUAGGUUAUUAACGUAAUACAUUGAGAUACGCUGUAGCACUACGACUCCUUCAUACCUCAUUUCUUUAAAUGUCUUUCCCAGCUUUUACGUAAGUCUGUCUGUUUUUAUAUUUGCUGUCAGGAUUUUAAAGACUUUUCAUAUUUUAUAUUUCUACUGAUUUUUUUUUCCCACUGACUAAUGUUUAUCACUGUCUUUGAAUUAUGACCCAGGCAGGAUGAUUUCAGAUUUCCUAAAAUUUUGCCUGUGAAGUUUUGUUCAUUUCAGUGCUUCAUUUUGUAAUGUCUUCUCAAAAAGAAAACUAUGCUAACUCACAAAUAUAAAAUGUUUGUGUAUUCUAAGACAAUGAGAAGUGUAUUUUUGGAGAUAGUGAAGCAUUUAGAAGUGCAGUAAACUUUCUGUCAUGGAGUAAAAUACUAAUUUUGUCUCCCUUUCCUAUCUCUGAUGAAGAAAAGUACUCUGGAGUAUAUUAACUUAAUUGUUUUUCAAAAAACGGACUGACCUAGCUCACUGUACUUUUUAUUAAAUGAAUUACAGUAUUAUGAUAUUUUUCUUCUGUUAAAUUUUCAUAAUCAUUUAUGUGAAGACUCAAGGAUAUUUAAAACAAAUGAUUAUUCAUAAGAAGUCAUAAUGGUCUCAGUAUUAUUUUAGUGUGCUGGAAGGUCUUUGAUUUUAAUAGAAUUUAUAAAUUUUAGCUUGUCCAGAAUAAUUAUAAAACUACAAGAAGAUACUCGGAUUGAGUAAUGAAUGAGAUACAAUUUUGAGGCUAUUGCACUUGUGUAAUUAUUUAAUUUGCGCUAUUAUCUGUGAGGGGGUAAGGUCUUUUUUUGAUGGGAUAUUUUAUUUACAUGAAUUAAUGAAUUUCUAUUUUAUAAUUACAUCUAAAAUUAAGGUAAAAUACGGCAUUUCCUAGGUUCUAUCUUCAGCAUUUUCUUUAAAGAAAGUUGUAAAAAAAAAAUUGUCAAGCUGUGUAGUUUAUUUUCUAUAUUUAGAUGAGUUAAAUUGGGGAUUAGAAAAAUCUGCAUAUCACUGAUAAAGUAUUGAAAUAGAAUAACAGGGAUAGUUUAAUAGUUCAGUAAAAUGUUAAAAAUAUUGCUAUGAAUUUACAUGAAGUAAAAAUAUGUCUGUUAUCAAGAAAUAACGGAUGAGUUACAAUCAGAAGAAUGGUUCUGCAGUGAAAGUUGAAUGAGUCAGCCAUGUGCGGCAUAUGUUUAUAUGAACAGUAGUUUUAGCUGCUGUGAUGGGAGCUUUCAGUAUCAGGACAGUACCCUCCAGAUCAAAACAUAAAUGUGGUGAGUUUGCGAAUACCAUAAAGUAUGGUAAUCAGUGCCAGCCUCAGUGACAGGCAAAGUGGGCCACCCUGUUGGUAGUAUAAUUUGACCGGUUUUUCCUUCCAGAAUAGCUCCUGCCGCCCCCAGGAGUCACUACUAGCAAUUCAUUCCCUUGAGUCAAGCAUUCCUCAAGGCUGCAUUUUCUAAAAUAUCCUGAUCCCUUGGGAGGUUAAUACGUUACCCUUGUCUUGUUGGUACGAAUUGGGUUCUUUAGUGAAUAGGAGAACUGGGCUAUGUGAGAUUACUAGAUGCUAGGAGAUUCAGAAAGGAAGCUCCCAAAGCUAAGAUCAUUUUACAGCACAAUUGAGACUAGGACUAGUCCUUGAAACAGUAGAAUAAUGUCCUUUGGGGUGCAUAUUAUACAUGCAAUGAGUUUUAAGCCUCACAUAAUCACUUUUUGUCGCUGACAGUGCCUAUCUUACGUAGAUCACUGGACAACAGGCAUAUGCCAACAAUUGGAUUAAAGUCUUUUCUGACUAUUUUUUUCCAUUUUAAAGGAAACAAACUAAUUUUUGACUUGAAUAGCUUACUUUUUGGGUUCCUAUAAUGCUACCCCUGCCAGAAAGGAGAAGAAUAGGUCAUUCUGUAGUGUCUUAUUUAGUGUGUCUUUAUAACUAGUGUUAGUUUUGUUUUACUAUAUACAUUUGUGAGUAACAUUUAUUUAUUAAGAGGUGGUUGGUGCCAAAAGAGAAAGGAAACGCAUAAAAGUUUGGCUUAAAGAGAACCACUUUUCACUUGCUUUCAUUUUUAAUUUUAUUACAUUAACAGCGAUUUGUUUCUUAUCUGUUUUUCCCAUGUAUGAUUAUUGAUUUAACUCUUGCUAUAUUCCUUAAAUUAUAUGUAGCACAGAAGGAAGAGAUGAAUGAUUUAGUGUACAUAUUUUAUUGUGAAGAAUAGCAUUCACUUAAAUUAAUUCCAUAGCAGGCCAAUAACAACUAGGUUAUUUCUCAGUGUAACCUUAGAGUAUUUCAUUCACUGUCACAAUUUGGUACCACUAGUCCCAGGUAACCAUUGGGACAAAGGGUCAGUUGAGAAACUGAGGAUGAAACAGCAGAAAUUAUUGAACAGUGUCAGAAAACAACUCAAAAGUAUGAGUGAGGUCUUCAUUAUUACACUCGUGUUAAUGAAAGACAGUUAAUGAAAGACAGAACGACUAAUAUAUUCUCCUGAAUGUAGAAAAAUUCAGAUGGGCAACCAGAUCCUGAAGAGCCUGCUGUAGGUGAAGUCUGUCCAGCCAAGGCAGAAUACCUUCAGGACCCACCUCCCUGUGAUUGCCAUGGAAAUUAAUAGUGGAGAUUUAGAAGCCACUGAAAUGAGCCAAUGCCCAGGCCAAGAAUAUUGUGGAUUACUGUUUUUUAUAGAAAACUACUACAAAUGUGGACAAAAAUAGUUGAUUUUACCAUUUUCUACUUACCAUGUUUGGCAUUCUGGCAGGGAUGCUGAUCUUGUGUAAAGUACCACAUUUUACUAUGCUUAGUGUUGCUGGGUUGUGUUUGUCUACAUUAUUAGAGUGAAUUUUACUUUUUUCUUUUGCCUACCAUUCAUGAGAAUAGCAGUUCAUACCACAUGGUGUGUUACCAACUUAUAGGUUAUGGGAAAGCAGUUGUUAAUACUUCAAAACCACUUGAAUUAAAAUGUAUCUAGGGCGAGUAGUACUUUCAAUUUGAAUGAGAAGUUCUUAGAGAUUUGGGAAGAAAUCUUAAAAUGUCUAUCUUGAUUUAUAUAGAAACUAUUUCAGAGGAGUUAGAUAAAUAUCAAUUUUGUAUAAAUCUAGUGAUUUUGAAUGCACUAGCAGUAUUUGCUCUCCUUAAAGGAGCACACAGUGAUCUUUUUGUGAAUAUAAAUAUUCUCAAUAAUCUUGACCAGCUGAGGCAGGGUGGAGCCAAGGCCCAGCCUCUUACUGAACUUUCAGCAUAUUGACUUUUCAAAGCCUCUGUUUUCUUAUCUCUCUAAAAGCAAGAUGAUAAGCAACUAGUUACUUAGUAAUUCUUUGGAGAAAAAAAUACAUAGUUUGAAUUUAGAGUUGAUUUUAUAAUGAUGUACUUAGGUAACCAUUCAAGUUGUUUGAUAAAUUUAUUUCUAUAUCCUAAUUGAGACCUUUGACUAUAUAUUUUCUCCCUUUUUUCCUGCAUCACUUUCUUCCCUUCUCCUUCCCUGUUUUUUUUUUUUUUAAAUUCUGUGUUUACCUCAUCUUCCUCUUUAUAGUUUCCCCCAAUUUUUCUCUUUUUCUCCUUUCAUUCCUCUUCCAGCUCCUCUGCUUUCAUCUAUCCCUUGUUCAAAAGAAGCAGAGCUGUUAGUGGUGGAACCACUGCCAACUACCUUUCUAUUAAAUGAGUCUCUGGAAAUGCCGUCUACUUUGGCCACUGCUGCUUUUUUGCAAAGGUGAAGUCCUCCUGCCAUUUCGCAAUAGCUGAGCAAGUUAAAGUAAUUUGUGACUAUAGCUCCUACUGUCUUUCUGAAUCCACAGGAUUUCAGCAGCCAGGAGGCUCACAAGAUGGGAUUGCUAUAAAUAUGAUGAAUUCGGCAGUUAAACUUGGAACAAUCAUGUCUCUUCUGUUAUGUGGCUAGAGAGAUGAUACCACUUUUCUCAAAAGGGAAUCUUUGAGGUGAUUUUGUUUUUUUUGGAGGCAGAUGCUUUGAACUAUUUUAGAUUUGUGUUAUUUAAAUAUUAUUUAUUGAUUUAUAAUUUUUGUAAUGCCUUCUUUCAAGGACCUGAGGUAGCAUAUUGCCCAUGUAUUUCAGCUGUUUGUAUUUUUCUGUUGCAAAGCAGUAUUCUUAUGUUGUGGUACUCACCUUCAAGUCUUUCUAGAGUGUAUUUGGUAUCCAAUACUUGGUGUCCAGUGCUUGGUGCUUAAAGUAUACAGAGGUCAGUUGAAACAUUCCUAAUUACACUGUGGGAUUGAUUCUAGCCCCUCCGGUAAGGAAAAGAAAAUUAUUGUGCCCUUGAAUUUGGAGACCAUUUUCAGUUGCUGCGAAUGUAGUUGGACCAAGUUUUAUUUUAAACUAACAUUCAGUACAUAGUGCAACCAGGGAAGAUCUGCUAAACCAUGCCAUUAUUUGGGAAGCUAUUGUGGAAUAUAGUAACAACUGCUUCUUUCUAUGAAGUUUUACUAGCUGGGAGAAAAAUUCCAAAGCUAUAAUAUUGCAAUCUUACUCUUUUUAUCUAGAAAAAUAAAAUAUCAGCCUUCAGA